AUUACAUUCGCCACUUUUCUCGUGUAAAUUCUAAAAAUAUAGAUAAAUAUUUCGAAAACAAGCAUAAAAAUUUAUGAAAUAGUAUAAAAUCUAAGUUGAUAUUAAUAUUUAUUACAAUUUAUUUGCACGCAUAAGGUUUUACGUAGCUCAAGCCAAAUAAAAGAAAAUCGGACUUUUUUACGACGUUAAGUGAAGAGUUGUAUUUACGUUCUCUACUGAACAGCUGAUGGAAAAUUAGUGUGAAACAGAAUAACAAUAAAAAUAAAAUAUUUUUUUAUGUAUGUAUCUAGAGCACUGUUAAUCAUUUGCGUAUUUUUAUAAUCAACAGUUGUUAUUUAAUAAAUAAGCGAAAGAUGCUAAAACUUGCUUUCAAUAGUUUGGCAAGCGGGGCGGCACAGAUCACCUGCCAACGUUUGGCUCCUGGAUUUGCUACGACAUGCCAAAAAUUCAUAUCGCAAACGCAGUGCCAUGAGCGUAAAGUGGAUGUGAAGGAUCACUAUGAAUUCGAUCAAAAAGUAAUAAACAACGACAAUCCGGUUAUUGUCAACUUUCAUGCGGAAUGGUGUGAUCCAUGCAAAAUUCUUACGCCAAAAAUGAGCGAACUCUUAGACGAUUCGGAAGAAAUCGAUUUGGCGACCAUUGAUGUGGAUACAAAUGCCGAUUUGGUGGAGACUUUCGAGGUUAAGGCUGUGCCUGCCGUACUUGCGUUCCGCAAUGGCGUGGUAGUGGACAAAUUUAUCGGUUUAGUGGAUGCGAAUAGUAUAGAGAAUUUAAUAAAUAAAUUGAAACGUAAGAAACAAUCAGGUGAAGAGCCGCUCGAAAGCGCAGAAAAGUGAAUUUAAAUGCCUGUAUAAAAAAAUAAUUAAUAAUACCGAUUUUUAGUACGUAAAUCUUUAUUUACAACAUUGCAUUUUGCAGUUAAGUUUAGUAUAAUUUUUUUCUUUUACAUACAUACAUAUGUUGUAUUAACGAGUAAUUGCCUGCUGAUUAUAAAUCAAAAAUUACAUAACUAUGUAUUACGGUUUACUUAAUGACGAUUUAUAUAAGCCAUAAUGUGUGCAUUAUUAACCAAUAAAUUACAAACAAUUAAAAUGUGUAAAAAUUUAGGCUUUUAGCAAAUAAAGCGAUUUAUAACUGAA